AUGAAUGCGGAAGAUUAUCUCAAUGCGUGGCGAGCUCUCCUCGAUUUUUACGAUUUUUACAAGCGUAUCGUAGCCAUUCGGCAUCUGAAUGCCGUACUUGAUCUUCCAAAGGUCGGAAAGCACAAGGACCAAAAGGAGGUCACUCUUUCUGAAUUGUACGAUUCGGCUCGGCAACAUAUUAACGUCCUCAAACGCCUCGAUGUAAAUUAUGGCGAGGACCUGGUGGUUCGUUGUAUUGAAAGACGCCUCCCUCCUUAUCUUUAUGGUCGUUGGAACGACAAGUUAGAUGUCAAUGAGUUACUAUCGUUGGACUUUUUGUUCAAAUUCAUCCAGAGAGCCAUUUUCAAGCAAGAAGCUUUUGAUGAAUCCAAUGCUUAUCAAUUUAACUCGAAAAAGCGACCCGCUGCUUCUAAUCCUCAACGAGCUUCAAAAAGCUCCAAAACCACUGCCACCUCUUCCGCCACCACGCUCUCUCAGCCGUCGACUUCGUCAACACCAACGGCUCGGACUCCUCUGGUGUGUCCCAAAUGUAAAGGUUCGCACCAACUUUUCAAAUGCGAAGCUUUCAAAUCUCUUGACGUUCAAUUACGCUGGGAUUUCGCGAAGAAUAACAAGCUUUGUUUCAAUUGUCUCUGGGCCCAUAAAUUCCCGUGUGGUAGCACGAAAACUUGUAAAGAGUGCGGCAAAAGACACCACACUCUUCUCCAUAAUACUAGUAUGUCCAAACCAAGUGGAAAUAAAUCCUCCACUCCCACCGAUACUUCGAGUUGA